AGCCGGAAAUGAUUAAGCAGAUAGUUUUUGUCACUGUGUGAAAAUGUGUAAAGUUAAAAUGCUGAGAACGCUGGUGAAGCAGCGACUCAACGUGGCCGUCGAAGAGAUAUUCGAGCUUUUUGAGAGGACGAUCGCGGAGUACGAGGAGGAAUUUUGUCGAGCCAAGGAGAAAAACGAGCGACGACGACGACGACAAGUUCUCGAGCCUCGCGUUCAAUUACAAGAAGCAGACGUGCAGCGGGUGUCGGCGGAGAGUCGAGAUGAGGGGCCGGCCGAGCUCCAGCGCAUUAAAGAGGAGGAGGAGGAGGAGGAGGAGGACGUGCGGAGCAGUCGGGAUGGGGAGGCUGACGUCAACACGUUCGCGCGCGCCGGUGGCCACUCGAAGAGCGAGGAUGACACAGGUCACGCUUCACAGCCUCCUCACAGUCCGAGACGGAAAAACAGAGGCAGCAAAAUGAGAACGGAAGCUGACGGGGAACACUCACGACCGGACAACACGGCGCCACUAACACAAAGGGACGACUCGACGUCGCUCUCUUCGGGCACCGAUCACAGCAACCGCAGCAGAAAACCUUCCGAGGCUAAAAAGAAGUCCAAAAGCGGCACGGCGCAUCACGCCGACAACCAACAGUUCAUCUGCUCCGAAUGCGGGAAAAUGUUUGUCCACAAGGGAACAUUGAACCGACACAUGAGGACGCACACCGGAGAGAAACCCUUCAGCUGCGCAGUUUGCGCUAAAAGAUUCUCCACCAACUCGGAUAUCAAGAUACACAUGAGAACGCACACCGGGGAGAAGCCGUAUGCGUGUUCCUUUUGUCCCCGAAGAUUCCCCAUCAAGUCAAACAUGAAGAUACACGUGCGGGUCAAACACACGGGCGAGAAGCCCUUCGCCUGCUCGAUCUGCCCUCAAAGGUUCUCCCGCAAGUCCGCCGUGAAGCUCCACGUGCAGGUCAAACACACGGGCGUCAAGCCCUUCACCUGCUCGCUUUGUCCCAAAAGGUUUGCCAGUAACAAAAACGUGAUGAUACACAUGAGGACGCACACCGGGGAGAAGGCGUUCUGUUGCGACCUGUGCGGGCGGAGGUUCUCUUACAAGUAUCAGCUGGACAAACACCGGUGCGCCGUGUCAAUGCAUUCAAACAUGUUGAAGUGAGGCCUGCAUUCCCGGCAGACCUUCACGGUUUUGUUUUGUCAAAAUGGACCUUCUGCCGUCUACUGGAAGAGCAUUUAAUUGAUCUGCCUGUCAUUAUACAUUGCCAGCAUAGAUAGAUGAACGAAGAUGCAUUGUUUUCUGUAAAUAAAUCAUUGUUAGACCAAUUACGUGGAAGAGUUUGCUCCAGCGCAGUGGUUGGGAAGCGCUGCCGUAGAUAAUA